UACAGCCACCUGUCAGAGGGCUGUGGGCGGGGGCCGGGUCAGCGAGGCCCGCAGAACCGCAAACGCAGUCGAGCGCACGCUCAGAGCAGACAGCUUGCAGGAGGCAGGAUGGGAUAGUCUAAGACCCUGGGAGCUGACGGCUAGAGGGAGGGAAAGGUGGUCACGGAGACGAGGCAGAGCAACCGGAGGUGGAGGAUCUUGGAGGUGACAACAAGGAGAGUACGCACAGGCGAGGUGCUGCCGAAGCAGGGCGGGCGACUUCUGUGCGGACGCAGCACGGGCGGAAGAGAGAGGGAGGGAGGGCAGCGCCGGGGCGCUAAGGACUAGGCCUGCUGGGGCGGGGGGGGUGUCAUGUCCCGCGAGCGCCCUCCCCGCACCGACAUCCCCCGCAACCUGAGCUUCAUAGCUGCGCUGACUGAGCGCGCCUACUACCGCAGCCAGCGGCCAAGCCUAGAGGAGGAGCCCGAGGAGGAGCCAGGCGAAGGCGGUACCCGGCUCGGGGCCCGAUCCCGCGCUCACGGUCCGAGUCGGGGUCGCCGAGCCCGCUCUGCACCCGCUGGAGGCGGUGGGGUCCGCGCGCCCCGCAGCCGUAGCCCCGACACCCGCAAGAGAGUGCGUUUUGCCGACGCGCUAGGGCUAGAGCUGGCCGCGGUGCGCCGCUUCCGCCCGGGAGAGCUGCCCCGGGUGCCCCGCCACGUGCAGGUUCAGCUCCAGAGGGACGCCCUCCGCCACUUCGCGCCGUGCCAGCCACGCGCCCGCAGCCUCCAGGAGGCGCGCGCCGCCCUGGAGCCGGCCAGCGAGCCCGGCUUCGCAGCCCGCUUGCAGGCUCAGCGCAUUUGCUUGGAACGCGCCGAGGCGGGCCCGCUGGGCGUGGCCGGGAGCGCGCGCGUGCUGGACCUGGCCUACGAGAAGCGCGUGAGCGUACGCUGGAGCGCUGACGGCUGGCGGAGUCAGCGCGAAGCGCCCGCCGCCUACGCAGGCCCGGCUCCGCCCCCGCCGCGCGCCGAUCGCUUCUCCUUCCGCCUGCCGGCGCCGCCCAUUGGGGGCGCUCUGCUCUUCGCCUUGCGCUACCGUGUGACCGGUCACGAGUUCUGGGACAACAACGGUGGCCGUGACUAUGCUCUACGUGGACCGGAGCACCCGGGCAGUGGCGGAACCCCGGAGCCCCAGGGCUGGAUCCACUUUAUCUGAGACGAGACACUUGCAGGCCACGACAGGAAAAAACCAAAGGCAGCCGGGGGCGGGGUGGGGGAAGCCUUUGUGGCGGGAGGAAUGGGAGAAACCAAGAUUGUCGGGGAGCGGUCCCAGAGAGUCAAGUUGGGAAAGGUGGGAGAAAUCCACAAGAUCAGAGGUUGGGGUGGAAAACGCUGGUUGGGUCUAAGUGGAAGAAAGUAGGAGAAUGGGAGUAGCCUUACCUCCGGUGCGUGGGCACUGGAGUAAGUUGGCCCUGCAGACCUAGGCAUACGGACGCUCAGGAACCUGUUUGGAAUUGGGCGGGCAUUGUGGCUGGAAGAGAUUUUAUGCGCUCAGUGGUCCGGCCCAGUUGAAGUUAUUUAGAUUGCGGACUUACUCCCUCUUACCGGCCUUUGCCACCUCAGGUCCCCAAGCCCUGACCAUCUUAGCGUUAUCUCAAUCACAAUCACCUUGCUUAAUCCCAGGAAUUUGGCCAUUGCUCCCUGGGCCCUGGCAUUAUGACAGUGUUCCCUGUCACUACACAGUCCCUGGCUUUAGUCUUUCACUGGCUGGCUAGGGAGUAAUGAGAGGGAGUAUUCAGAGCUCCUUCAGCCUGCAGGCAAGCAGUUAGGAAUUAUGGAGCCAAAAGCAACUCCAGGCUUGUCCUUAGAGCCAAAUAACAGGGCACCUAAAGGGUUGGUACACUCAGGGGCUUCCAGAAAAAUGCCAGCCUUACCUUUCUGGGUGCCUUCUGAUAACCUCUAAGCACUUUAUAGACUUAAUGUUGGUUAAGGGACAGUUUUUUGGUUGGUUGGUUUUUGGUGGCACUGAGUAUCAAGGGACAGAGAACCAGGACAGUCUUCUGACUUCUGCCUCAGAAGAAAAGGAAGUCACUGGUUGAUUUACCUGUUUGGGUCCCAGUUUUUUCUUGAAAAUUGGAAUUGAGUUCUUAAACCUAGGCUCCAGCUUGAUCUAACAGUGUAGAUUAGAAGCCCCAUUCUCCAAAGUAGUGCCAUAGUUUCCACCACACACUGUCCUGAGCCAGUGGUUUGGGAUGAGGGAUAGGUCCUCAUAUUUUGGGCACAGAUGUUUCAGAGCCUCUUCCAAACCACAGCUCAUCCUCUGCCCUUUGAUUUUUGCUUUUGCCUCUACAGAUUUCCAGCAGGGUUACUGUGAGACAGCUUUGGGGAGGUGUAUCUCUGUUGGGGAAAAUGAUGCUUGGGAACCCCAAAAUGAAAGGAAACAAUGUUGGGGUCUUCCUGAGGAUAAAAGAUUGUAAGUUUAAGAAAUGGAGAACGUAACAAGAAUGAAAACAACUUGAAAUUUAAAUGGCGCCAGAAGAUGGCAGUCUGAUCUUUAUCCUGAGCCAGUGAAAUGGGAAACCUGGACCCUUCUACCCACUCAUACAUUCAUGCCUUAAGUUGUUGCUGGUUAACCUUAACGUAUGAGUCAUUUCUUUGCUGGUUACUUAUUUUUCCUUUCCUUUUAUAACCUCUAACCCCUUUGUUUUUCUUUCCCUUUCCUUGUCCUCCCUUCUCAUCACUUUUUUCUUUGAACAUGUAGGGUAUUUACCUUCAUUUUCUCCUUUUCACUCUUCAUCCAUGUUGAUCUCUGCUAUUCCUUCUCUACAAGGGUUGGAGACCCUACUUCCUUUUCUCCAAGUCCAUGGUUGAUCCACCUUCCUCCCUCAGGCUCCUUCUCGAUCAUCUUCUAAAGGGACAAGUGAGGGAAAAGAAGCAGUUUCUGAUGUUACAGAUGAACAAGAAGCUCCCAGGAAAGACCAUAGUUCCUGAUUGUGCUGUGUCUUCCCAUCCUC